CCAAAAAUGACAUUUAUCAAAAUCUAAAUUUCAGUAAAGUCAGUUUCGUUUUCGGAAUCCUCAUCAAAAUUUCAGUUGAAUCGGUCCCUUUUCCAAAUUCCCAGUGAAAAAUGGCAGAAUGUUUCGCUGUACCAACGAAAUGCGAUACAGAAAAACGUACGAAACUUCUCGGCCACUUGAAAUGCCUCAUGUCCUCUCUGGAGGAAGAACUAACCCCAAAGGCAGAACCUGUCUGCUACACCCCAAUAUGCGUCACCAACUGUGUCCCAUGUUGUCCGCCCCAGUGCAAACCCCCUCAACCCCUACAAUCUCCGGACAUACUGGUCUGCUAUAAGUCCAAAACGAACGGCGGUAAGAAAAAAUCCAACAAAGUCAACCUAGGCAAGGAACUUGGCGAGUCCAAGUCCAGAGAGCUCAGGGCUGGCAUACUUUACGUAGGUUGCGAUUGCGAAAGGAAGAACGGUCUCCAAGAUAACUGCCUCAGGACAGGCUGCCAAGGAUCCCCAGAGUGCCUGAAGAGUCCACCCACCUGCCUGCCCAGCAGAUACUGCCAAGGGAAGCAUCUGAUGAAGAGGCUUCGCAACAAGUAUGCCAGAAACGACUCCGAUGGCUCUGGCGAGGAAGAGGAAGGGCCAGAGAGCUUUUCCUACCAGUGCUACGGGGCAGCUGUGAAGGUGCCAGACCAGAAGAUUUGCGUGUUUAUGCCGACGCUAGGAUGUCCACCAGACUGUCCGAAUGAGAAGAAGGUCUGUUAGGGUGUACCAAUAAAUCGAAAUGAUCAAGUUUUGUUGUCUUAUGAGUACGGUCGUCUUUCGUGAAUGUCCCCAGGUGAUGUUGAUGGUGAAAAUAGUAAAAUGUCUCGUUGUUGGUGAUGGUCCAGAUGCGUAAAUUUGUCUUCGAAAUGAAGAUGGGUUUCGCACGUGUCGUGUUGUGAGCUUAUGUGAUCGUUAAGUAUAAUAAAUAAAUGUAAAGUGAUUUAUAUCGAAUAUACAUCUACAAAAGUUU